UCACUUUCUCUUUCUCUCUCUCAUUCUCUUUCUAUGAACAGUGAACGUGACACAGUCAGCUCCAGAAUGGCUACAUCUUCCUCUACCCUCACCGACCCCCUCUACUGCGCCAUCUGUACAGAGAUCUUCAAUAACCCUGUGUCUCUCAGCUGCCAGCACACCUUCUGUAAGAGAUGUCUUGAACAGAGCCGGGAGGCUGGACUCCCACCCUGCUGCCCUGAGUGUAGAGCUCCGAUCAUGGAGAGAAACUUCCAGAUCAACAGACUGGUUAGGAACAUGGCGGACCAGCUGAGACUGGGGCAGAGUAGACAGGAGAACACGGGAGGACAAAGAUCUACAGCUGAGAAAGGAGAUGAGUGUCUUGAGCACGGAGAAGCUAUGAAGCUGUUCUGUGUGACAGACAGGAAGCUGAUCUGCCUGGUCUGUAAGGAAGGGAGAGACCACAGAGGACACACAUUCAGACCUGUGAGAGAGGCACAGGAGGAUCUGAUGACAGAAGUGGUCACAGCAUUGGGUAUACUGAAGGAAGACUUGAACAAAGCGCAACAUAAAAGAGAAAGUCAACAAAGAAACAUCUCUAAGAGAGGAGAGAAAUCCAGCCAAGUCAAGGAAAACAUCAGGACCGUGUUUGAGGAAGUAAUCAACAAGCUGAAGCAAAGAGAACAGGAGGCGAUGAGAGAGAUAGACAGGAGGGAUGGUCUUGUCAAUAUCAAAAUGGAGAAACAUCUGACUGAAAUAAAGAGACACGAGACAGAUGUGAAAAAGCGAGAGACCUCGCUUCAGUCUGGACUGGACAUCACUGACCCCAGGAAGUUCCUUCAGUGGUGGACAGAGAAGGGUCGCGCUACGUGUGAUACAAGGCAGGUUUGUCCAGACAUCUACAGUGUACGCAGCUUAUCCAGGUUCCUAAGACCAAGACAAUUUGAGGGCUAUGAAGAUCCUGACACCCUCGUGGGUUUUAUAGACUGGGAGGGCAUUGAGAAAAGCCUUAAAUGGAAAUUCUAUCAAUUAGAAUGGGCUGAUGAACGUUGUGUCCCCUUUUGAUUACAGUUCAGAAACUACUUUCACUUUGACAAAAAAUGAGGAUCCACUGAAACUCUGUAUUGCAUUCGUAUGUGAAGAUGAUUAAUAUGGUUAACUACUCUGACAUUUGGACGAUUCCAUGCCAGUGUAGCCCAACAAAAUAUUUUUAGUUUCUCAGAUUGUUCUUUUGUCUUGUGUUUUCUUAAUUGUCCUCUAAAUCGUCAGAGAAGAAACAGCGCCCCUCUGUCUCAGUAUGUGUAGCUCAUGUAUCUGAUGCUGUCUGGUCAAAAUGAGUAUGACAUGUUGUCGCAGAGCAUUCCGCCUCAGUUGAUAAUAAAAUGAUGAAAUUAUCAGCGUUGAGCUGAGCUCAACUAUGGGUGGUUCUGGUGCAGCAAAAAAAUAACAAGGGAGGCCAGUUUGGAUAUGGCUUCACACCAAUCAAAUCACAUCAAAACUAAAAUGUCCUUGCAGAAAAAGUGCUAUGUUUCUGGUUUGAUUGUGACAUAAAAUCACAUUCUAUUGGUCUCAUACACAUAUUUAGCAGAGGUUAUUGUGGGCGUGGCGAAUUACUUGUGUUCCUAGCUCCAACAGUGCAGUAAUAUCUAACAAUUCACAAAAAAUAUUCACAAAUCUUAAAGUAAAAUAAUGGAAUUAAGAAAUAAAGAGCAAUGUCGAGUUGCCGAAGUGUAUAAAUAUAUAUAUAUAUAUAUAUAUAUAUAUAUGUGAUGUACAGACAUUGUGGACAGUUGAGGAAUAGAAUAUGUAGUAUAUCUGAAGAAAACAUGGACAUAAUAGUAUACUGUAUGUACAGCAAUAGUUAAAUAGGAUAGGCCUUGACUAGAACACAUUACAUACAUAGUAAGUAGAUAAAACAGCAUGUAAACAUUAUUAAAGUGACUAGAGUUCCAUUAUUAAAGUGACUAGAGUUCCAUUAUUAAAGUGACUAGAGUUCCAUUAUUAAAGUGACUAGAGUUCCAUUAUUAAAGUGACCAGUGUUCCAUUGUUAAAGUGACCUGUGUUCCAUUAUUAAAGUGACCUGUGUUCCAUUGUUAAAGUGACCAGUGUUCCAUUAUUAAAGUGACCAGUGUUCCAUUAUUAAAGGGACCAGUGUUCCAUUAUUAAAGGGACCAGUGUUCCAUUAUUAAAGUGACCUGUGUUCCAUUAUUAAAGUGACCUGUGUUCCAUUAUUAAAGUGACCGGUGUUCCAUUAUUAAAGUGACCAGUGUUCCAUUAUUAAA